AUUCCAAUUUCCAAGCUUUCCCUCUGCGAUGGAUUCCUCAGUUGCUCCAGUCAUGACGAUUGACACUAAUCAGAAGAGCCUCCCGGCCGGAGAAAAAAGGCCCUCCAAAGGUGGCUGGAAUGCCGCUAUUUUCGUCAUCUUCGUUGAGAUGGCAGAGCGGUUUGCCUUCUAUGGACUGGCUGGAAAUCUCAUCACAUACCUCACCAACAAUCUCGGCGAGCCCACUACCACGGCAGCCGAGAGUGUCAACACAUGGGUUGGUGUCUCUUCCAUUUUCCCUAUACUCGGUGCCAUCAUCGCCGAUUCAUUUUUGGGUCGAUUUAACACCAUCCUCUUAUCAUCUAUCAUCUAUUUCCUGGGGAUGGUUCUGUUGAGUUUAUCUGUGUCAGUGGUUCCUACGGAACACCGGAGAGUCGUGUUUUACACCGCACUGUAUAUACUAGCAGUGGGGGAAGGCGGUCACAAGCCUUGCGUGCAAACGUUUGCGGCGGAUCAGUUCGACGAGGACAAUCCGGAUGAGAAAGCGGCCAAGAGUUCAUUUUUCAAUUGGUGGUAUUUAGCGAUAGUGUUCGGCGCCUCCACAGCAAUUCUAGUCGUAAUUUAUUUACAGGAUCAUGUUAGUUGGACGGUGGGGUUCGGAGUGCUAGCAGGGGUGUUGGCAGUGUCAUUGGCAUUGUUCCUGAUGGGUAUUAAGAGGUACCGAAAACAGAGUCCGACGGGAAGCCCAUUUACCAGGAUGUUUCAGGUUUUCGUCGCCGCCGCAAGGAAGUGGCGCGUGAGUGAGAUUCACGGUGGCCGGAUAUGUUAUGAAGACCACGAUGGUAGAAGCCAAUUUCCGGGUCAAACAGGGGGCCGCAAUUUGGUUCGUACCAAUCAACUCAGAUGUCUGGACAAGGCAAUGAUGAUCGACGACAAUGAUGCCUCGAGCAAAACCAGGAAUCCAUGGCGGCUAUGCUCUUUAAACCAAGUGGAGGAAGUGAAGCUUGUGCUCCGCCUCAUACCCAUAUGGUUGGGCUGCCUCAUGUACUGUGCGGUCAUUGUCCAAAUCCACACCUUCUUCACCAAGCAGGGCAGCACAAUGAUCCGAUCAAUUGGACCCCACUUCCAGGUUCCUCCGGCAGCCCUCCAAAGCGUCAUAGGUUUCACAAUCCUCGUCGCUGUCCCCAUCUACGACCGGAUUCUUAUCCCAAUAGCCAGGAAAGUAACUGGACAUCCCUCAGGCAUAACCAUGCUGCAGAGAAUAGGCGUAGGCCUAUUUCUCUCUAUACUCAUGAUGGUCGCUGCUGCCCUUGUGGAGGCCAAAAGGGUCAACAUUGCUAAAGAACAUGGCAUAAUUGACUCUCCAAAGGCAACGGUUCCGAUGAGCAUAUUGUGGUUGCUUCCGCAGUACAUAAUAUGUGGAAUUGCUGAUGUUUUCACCGUAGUUGGAUUACAAGAACUGUUCUAUGAUCAGGUGCCGGAGGUAAUGCGAAGUGUGGGGGCUGCAGCUUAUAUAAGCAUAGUGGGAAUUGGUAGCUUUGUGAACACUGCUAUUAUAUCCAUCGUGCAGAAUAUUAGUUCAAGACAUGGCAAGGCAUGGCUCGGAAAUAAUCUCAACCGCGCACACUUGGACUACUUCUAUUGGGUUUUGGCGGGGUUGAGUGCUGUUAAUUUGUGUGUUUAUUUGGGGAUUGCUAAGGGUUUUGUUUAUAAAAGAGUUGAAUGUGAUGAUACAGAAGGGGAGAAAGGGUUGAAUCCGAAUAUCUAUUUGGAUGAACAAAUAUAGACAGGAACAUGUUUGGUGUAGAAGUUCAUCCCCUUUGCGGAUUCUUUUUGUUUUUAGGGUGUAUGAUUAAUCUUCAAACCUCCCUCCUGCCUUGUAUGGCAGGAAGGUAAACAGAUUUCUAACUGUUGCAAAAACAGAAGUAUUAAUAUACAGACAUCAAUAUU